AUGAAGCUCUCUAUUCUCACCUCUCUCACACUUGCAGCCCUCAUCGCGGCCAUCCCCGCUGACGAUCCGACUACCUCCGCUCUGAAGGCGCAGGUGGAGGAGAUUGCAGGGCAUGUCCAUGGAGUCGAGGAGCAGUCCUCCACAGAUUCGUCCCAAUGCGUUGAAUCCAUUCUGUGCUGCGGUUCCCUGACCACUCCCCUGGAUCCCAUUUUGGACCCUAUUUUGCUCGGUCUUGGCAUCAAUGCUGCCCAGGUUGUUGGUUCCGUUGGACUGCUCUGUCACCCAUGGACCGAAGAAUGUUCCUCUGCUCCUCAAUGCUGCACUGAGGCCAACCUCUUGGGUGGUACCCUUGCUCUCGGCUGCUCCAAGCUUUAG